AUGGAAAAAUACGCCAGCUCCUCCAGGUAUGGCCUACUGUCCUACAACUUUGGAACACGUGGCCAAUUGUGCUACCCAUUUGCCGUGGAUUCCUGUUAGUAUGUUUGGCCUGCAACGGCUCUACUCCAAAUCAACCAAUCACAUCGAAUUAUCUUCGGCAAUCAUAUACGGCAUGGCGGUCGUAUGCCUUUUUCUCACUUCCUCUGCUUUCCAUGUGUGCUCGUUUCUGUCACACAACAG